AUGUCGUUCGGAAAGCUCUACGGAUACAAGGAAAACGCCCGCAGCACCGUCCUCCUGGCGGUCGCAAAGGAGAACAACCUCGACAUCGAACUCGUCGAGACCAGGACCCCCGUCACAGAUCCCGAGUAUCGCAAGUUGAACCCUCUGUCACGAAUUCCCACCUUCGUUGGUUCCAAUGGCUUCAUCUUGACAGAGUCCAUUGCCAUUGCCAUUUACUUUGCUUCGCAGAACGACAAGACCACUCUCCUUGGGAAAACCAAGCAAGACUAUGCUUCUAUUGUGCGAUGGAUGUCCUUCUCCAACAGCGAAAUUCUCCCCAACCUUUCUGGCUGGUUCAGCCCCUUGAUUGGCAAAGUGGCGUACAACAAGAAGUCGGUUGAUGACCACAAGAAGCUUGCCCAGGAUGCUAUCCAUGCUCUUGAGCAACAUUUUCUCGUUCACACCUUCCUGGUUGGAGAACGCAUCACGCUCGCAGACCUCUACGUGACCUCGCAAAUGUCUCGUGGUUUCCAGUACGUCCUUGACAAGGAAUGGCGUGCAGAGAACCCAAACACCACGCGUUGGUUCGAGACCGUCACCAACCAACCUAUCUGGAAGGCCAUUGUUGCCGAGCCAAUCAUAGUUGAAGAGGCCGUGAAGUACACCCCGCCCAAGAAGGAAGCAAAGCCUGCUAAGGCCCCCGCUGCAUCUGAAAAGAAGGCCGAGAAGAAACCCGAGAAGGAAGAGGCAGAGGAAGAGGAAGAGGCCAAACCAGAAGUCAAGGCCAAACAUCCUCUCGAAGCACUGCCAAAGCCGACUCUUAUUCUCGAUGACUGGAAGAGAAAGUAUUCCAACGAGGAUACUCGUUCCGUGGCGUUGCCUUGGUUCUGGGAGCACUACAAGCCAGAGGAGUACUCCCUGUGGAGGAUCGAUUACAAGUACAAUGACGAGUUGACGUUGACUUUCAUGUCUUCCAACCUCAUCGGUGGAUUCUUCAACCGCCUGGAGGCUUCUCGCAAAUACCUCUUUGGCGCUGCCUCGGUGUACGGCCAGGCCAAUGAUUCGGUCAUCCAAGGCGCUUUCUUGGUUCGUGGUGACGAAGCUUUGCCCGCAUUCGACGUCGCCCCAGACUGGGAGAGCUACGAGUUCACCAAGCUCGAUCCCAGCAAGCCUGAAGACAAGGAAUUCGUCGAGAACCAGUGGUCGUGGGACAAGCCGAUCGAGGUCAAUGGCAAGACGUACGAGUGGGCUGACGGCAAAGUCUUCAAGUAA